ACAAAGCCCAAACGCAGAUCAAUUCAGGAAUCCAUGUUCUCAACCAAACCACUCUACUCUCCAAUGGCGAAACCAUCACCAGUUUUUCUGCUCUCCGUCGCACCCCCACCGUUGCUAUGCCGACCGUCUCCAUUCAUUUUCCACACACGAUUCCUGCGCAGAAGGAUCCACGGACGCCGCGCCAGAAUCAGAGCGGUUGGGGAGUGGCAGGACUACGAGGAAGCGGUGAAGAAGAAGGACCUCGCAGGAGCGCUUCGCUUCCUCAGGCUCAAAGACGAGCUUCAGACCUCUUCAAUUGAGUCGAUUCCUCAGUCGAAUGAGGAGUUACGCUUGUUUGAAAUUGAGCGGGAUUUUCAGGUGCUGAACACGUGCCUGAACGCCGAUGAUAUGCGGCUUGUCGGCACCGCCUACGGUUUUCUAAAGGAUCGAGGACUGUUGGCCAAUUUCGGGAAGUAUCGGAACAUAGUUUUAGGGGAAUCAAGAGAAGUUACACCAUCUGUGUUGAAGUCUUCCACUGGCUUAGAAGUGUCAAAGCUCUCUCCCAAAAAGUGGGGAGUUUCUGGGAGCUCUAGUGUUGUUUUAAUAGCUGUACUUGCUGGAACAUCUAUACUGAUAAAUCAAGGAAUAGACAUCCGGCCGAACCUAGUAGCAAUUUUAGCAUUGUCUAUGCUAGAUGCUAUUCUUCUUGGUGGUGCAUGCUUAGCUCAAAUCUCUAGUUAUUGGCCUCCAUAUAGGCGCCGCAUCUUAGUUCACGAAGCUGGUCACCUUCUCGUGGCAUAUCUAAUGGGGUGUCCAAUACGUGGUGUAAUUUUAGAUCCUAUCAGAGCAAUGCAAAUGGGCAUUCAAGGGCAGGCAGGUACACAGUUUUGGGAUGAGAAACUUCAACAUGAGCUUUCUGAGGGCCGUCUCAGUGGGUCCGCCUUUGACAGGUACUGCAUGGUGCUUUUUGCUGGGAUUGCAGCUGAAGCUCUCAUAUAUGGAGAGGCUGAGGGUGGAGAAAAUGACGAGAACCUCUUCAGGAGUAUCUGUGGGCUUCUAGAACCCCCAUUCACCAUUGCACAGAUGUCAAAUCAAGCCCGUUGGUCUGUGCUGCAAUCCUACAAUCUGCUCAAGUUGCAUAAAGCUGCCCAUAGAGCAGCUUUCAUAGCUUUGGAAAGUGGAGGUGAACUGAGUCUAGUUAUAAGGAGAAUUGAAGAGGCUAUGUCUUCCACGUAGAUGAAAUCCAUGUGUAUCGCUUGUGCCGUUGGCCUGUUGAAGUACACCAGAUGGAAGAAAAUGCAGUAGAAGCACAAUCUGUUUCGGCUCCAUGAGUUCAUAGACAUUCUGUACUGACACCACACACCAUGGCAGCAUAUGGUUCUGGUGUGGGUUCUUCAACAACUCUACUGCUCCGGGGGUUUCAAGAGCUUCCACUUGAAGCAUUUCAUUGCAGAAGAUUGUUUCGGUGGGAAUAGGAGCAAUGCUGUAAAUAAGGCAGAGUGAUGAAUACAGGGUAAAAGAGAUCGGUGCAACAAACAGUAGUUUGCUUUGGCUUAAUUUCUUGCAAUCAGAGAUGAUAGAUAUUUUUUGUAAGUUGGUCUUAUUGUUUAUAAACUUUUUUGGUAUUUGGAAUC